AUGGAAAAUUUGGGUCGUGCGUUAAGAUCCAACAAGGGCGAGUACGAUGAGGAGGCGAGUGAAUCGAACUCGCCUGCCGUUUUGGUUAUCAAUCUGCCCGAUUCACGCGCUCUGCGCGUGAUGUCACUUUCGCUUUUCCUAACUGUGCUUUUUCUGGCACUGCCUUCGCUCCGAUCUACGUCUACUUCUCUGAUGAUCAGAGCUUCUAUGUUCAAACCCGCCGCCGCAGAUCGAGAUGCCGCCGCCGGCGACGGGUUCAAAAUUCUGCCGAUUCUCCUCCGCGACUUGGUGGAGGAGGGCCUCGUCAAGAAAGGCCACCGUGGCCUUGUCAUCGGCGCCACCGCCGCCGACAUGGAAGAGGACUUCGAGUUCCUAAGAGACGCCGGCGUCGAUCUGCUCGCGCAGGAGGAGACGAACGCGGACGCACACCACGUGUUUGAUUUUGUGUUCACAAGAAAUUUCAACAGUAUGGAGGUGGUGGACGGCGUUCUCAAGGAAGACACCGGCCUCGUCGUCUCCCCGCUAGGGCGGGACCCAUCCAACGGCCUGCGACUACUAAGCAGCUACAAGAUCGUCUAUCUACGACGAUUCGAGAGCACUGUGGUGGCCAUGCGGAAAAUGGCGACGUCAACCGUCGCCGACGAGGAGGAGGAAGUCUCAUGCGGCGGGGGCUCCGCCACAUCGGAGGAGAAGAAGGCCGCCCUAAAGGGCUUGGAGGACGUCUACCUCGAGCCGCCAAGACGGGCGGAGGUCGAGGAGAAGAAGAAAACGAGCUUCAAAACAUCAAGAAAGAUCAAGUUCCUCCCGGACCUCUUGAAGGACUCGCUGGACGAGUACCCUAGACGAGUCUUCAUAACCGACGACACGAGCGCGGUCGAGUGGUUCUACAAGUCGUACCCGAUGCGGGAUCAAGAAUUCGAAGUGUACGACGUCGAAGCGAGUGGGGCCCACAAGGAAACCGGGGUGUCGAACUGGAUGAGGGGGAAAGUCGGGAGGGAGGAUUACGUGGUGAUGAAGGCGGAGGCGCAGUUGGUGGAGGAGAUGUUGAAGGAGAAGACACUUUGCCUAGUCGACGAGCUUUUCUUGGAGUGCAAGAAUCAAUGGCAAGACGACGAAGAUCAGAGCGAUGGAAGCAAAAGGGCUUAUUGUCAGUGUUUGGCUUUGUAUGGGAAAGUUAGGGAUGAAGGGAUUGCUGUGCAUCAGUGGUGGGACUGAUUGUUGUGAGGGAGGGAGAGUCUUUUUUUCUUGAAUUUUUU